UCGAAUUAGUCCAAGCGGUUUCAAGCGGGAGAGGAUGUUUGUAGCGCUGGGGUUCGCCAGUAUCGUGUUAUUGCUACCGUAUGUAGUUACAGACAGACUUCCCAGUCCUCAAAAUGAGGAAAGCAACAGAAAACCAAGGAGACUCUCGCCCACUUGGAGAUUGCUUCUCACCAAGAAGUAAAGUGAAAGGCUUUGCAGUUCAACAGUGCACCCCAUCCCACACAUCAUCUCACCAGGAGACUCCAAUGAAGCCUUCUCAGGUCCCUAACCGGCUUUCUAAUCCACCACCAAGGAGAAUGUUGCCAGUUCAGCCACCUGAGCUGUGCUACAGGGACAGAAUGGGUCCACUCUGGCAAACUCCUCAUCCCCCAGGGUCAAUCCAUUCAUCAGGAUUUGUUUCAAGCAGUCCACAUAAUGUUGGUUCCCCAGCAAAUAGACCUUAUUUUAUGCUAAACGACAGGCUGGGUCCACCGGUGCAUUUUGCUCAACCUCCAGGGCUUGUUUCAAGCAACCCAAUUAACAGUGGGAUAUCAUCAAAUGCCCCUCAGCCAAUAUCAGGAGACCAGCAGCCACGAUCUUUUGGCACAUUUCGGCUUCCAGUGGCUAUCAACCAAUCCCCUUCUUCCCACGUAGGGCGAGAUCAAGUGAUUGAAUCCAAGGCUACUUCAUCCAUCUCAGGAAGCAAAACUGUAACAACACAAAGACAAGAAUCAAAUAAGGCUCAGUCCAGUGAUGUGGGAUAUUCUAUACCUACGGUCCAGCUGCACAGACCAUCUGUGAGUGUUACAACCCCACCAUUCAACUCCAGAGCAUCAUAUGAAGUUCACCCACAGUCCCCUUCACACUCAGAAUGCUGGUAUCCUGAUAUUAGCCAGUGGCCUUUGCAGGGCUACCAGCUCCCUCCAAAAAUCCACUCAUCCAGCAGUAGUCGUUUACCCAUCGUGCAUAGCUUUGUAGCCUCUUGCCAGAGCCAACAACAGGAGCAAACGCCUUCAAAUGAGAUGUUAAUUCCAGCAGUGGACUUGAACUGCUCAUCACACAAGAGGCGCAGCGAGUAUGAAUAUUGUCCAGAGAAUCCCAAGAAACCAUGUCCUCAGGGGACAAACACAGACAAAACAGAGACAACCAAACCCACCAUUUGCACCGCACUUGUCCCCCAGUCAUCAGUGAAGCAUUCUUCAGUGUCAGAAAACCAACAGAAAACCACUGAUGGCUAUCUGCAUGCAGACCAGGCAUGUGGACAGUCAGCAAGCUCAGAGCUGUCCUCAACUGUCGGACCCUCUCAACCAUGCAGCAAGUCAUCGUCACAUAAAGAAUGUACACGGAAAACAGCAUCAACGGGGGCAAAGCAAGCAUUUAUAAAUUCCUCUCUGAAUCAUAUAGUGCAGUUAAAGGAGAUGACAUCACCCUUAACGACAAAUGAUGAAAGCGUGAAAAAGACAAGUGAGGAAAAAAAUAAAAGGGAUAAAUCAAGCACUUUGUUAGCCUUUGAGCUACCUCAGAAGGACACUAGUAGCUCUACACAUGCUGAGUUAGGCAGUCACGACGCUGGUCAUUCUGCCAAUAGUAGCUCUGUCUUGCCAGUCAAGACCCCAAGCAGAAGUAAUCGCGUGGGAGAAAACAGAAAACUGAGCAGUAGCACUCACAAAUCAACCUCAAAACCAAGUUUGGGUUCACUGAGUGGUCGGACAGGAGAGCGGAGUAAAGCUCGUUCACGAAGACCUGUAGUUUCUUAUGACACCAAUGAGCUUUUCACCCCCGAUCCUGUGACUUAUGUAGUCAGCCCCUCAAAUAAGACUGCAAAACCCAAGAUAGAUAGGGAAUCAAACAAAACACCAGAGAACGGUUCAUCCAGCAAAGCCACAAGCUCCAGUACCCCAGUUACUGAGUCUUCAUGUGAAAAACCUCAAAAUUCCAAAGUCACUGGUCCUCUUCUUGAAGCAUCUUCCUCUGUACCUAACACACUAGGCAAUUUUCCAACUGUAACGUUAACACGGGUAAAACUGGAAAACCUAAUGAUGCCUUCUCUUAAAGACAAGGACCCCAAAAACAGUCCCAACCCUUCUUCAUGCAGGCAGCUUAAGGAUGACCAAAAUUCAUCUCCCCUCUGCAACAAAGUGAGUUCAGGUGCAAUAGAGAUGGACAGUGCUGUCGCUGAACAAACUUCUACUUCCAGUUGUUGUCAGUCUCUACCAGUGGAGGGGGAGACAAGUGAAGGGGAUAAAAAGCAUUUGAAUGAAGAAGAUUCCUUAGAUGUGGAGUUGGAUCUGGGCUUGAGUUUUGCAGUAGAUGUGGAUCUAACCCAAAGCUCGCAUAGCAGUGAGGAUGAGCAGCUACUUUCCUUGCAGGAGAUGAUGGAGCGUGCUACUAAACCUCCAGAUACACCAGAGAAGGGAGCCUUCUCAGACCCUAGUACACCUAGACGUCUGAGCUGUCAGUCAAAAACUCAAACAUUUCCAUCCACCACAAAGUCAGUCACCUACAAGAACAAUCUUGACCAAAUACUGAAGGAAAUAAAUAGCAACAAAAAAUCUAAAGAGAUUGAGAGAAGGCUGCUAACGGCAUGUGAGGAGGACCUGUUGAAGAUAGCUGAAUAUGAGGAAGCAGAGGAGAACCGAGAGGAGGUCAUCUCAACUGAACAACAGGAAUUCUUGCAGCGGUAUUCAUUGAUGUCUGCCGCAAUCAAAGAAGUUCCUCCAGGAGAAGAAGUAUUCAACCUGGAGAAGUUUGGCCAGAUUUUUAACCAGGAUACAUUGCAGCUCAGGCAGUGCAUGGUUACUCCACAGGGAACGGCACAAAAAACACUUCUGUGGUCCAGCCCAGCUCAGCUGAGAUUGCAUGUGAAUAUUGGAUUAUUCCAGGAGGCUUAUGACUCUAGUGCACCCUGUCCAGCUCAAGUUACCCGUUUCCUUUUCAAGAUGAUGUCAGUCCAUAGUGAGAGGAUGAUAUCUGAGAAGCUGCUACAGGCCCUCUGUGACAUUGCCUUGACUGCUGCCUAUCAGAUAGUGAAAUAUGGAAGCCAGCAGUUUAAAGUGUGGGUUCCCAGUUUACCUGAUGUGACACUGGUCCUAAUGAAUAUGGGAGUGCCGUUUGUUAAACUCUUCCCUUUGGAGAAUAUGCAGCCCCCAUUCACGGAAGGAGAUCUUCUGGAAGAUGUCUACAUCAAAAGCGAUAGUCCCUCUGGUAACAAGGAAGAGCCCACUUUCCCCGAACACAACUGCAGCAACAUUUUGAAGUACCUGUCUUACUGUAUGGGUCUGUGCCCACGUGCAUACAGUGACAAUGAGCUGCUGUUGUUACUUACUGUGAUGAGUCACAUCGGCCUGGAAACGCGCCUCAUCCUUGAGUCGAGUGUGGCACUGGAACCUCUUCUGUGUAAAAUUGUCAACAACAUCAGAGAUUGGGACACUCUGCUGCCAGAAAUUUGCCUGGCUCUCACUCAUUUGACAGAUGAUCACCACAACAUGUGCCUGCUAGUUCAUCUCCUGCCUGACAACACACGUGGAAAAGAGCUGCGUCGACAUCUAAGCCUGUGCAUGAUUUCUAAGUUAUUGGAUGGAGAUUGCAAAUACACACCUGUGGAAAGAGAGUUUCAGCUCUUCAAGCUGAGGCCAUACCUUCCUCGCAUGCAACCAUCCUCCCUUCGAGAGAUGAUGAGCCCCUCUGGCAGGAACCAGAAAGAUAAAGAUGACCUGGGCACCCUAGACCAACAGUCCUACUACCUGUGCUAUAGUCUUCUGACAUUGGCAAAUGAAGCGUCCAAUUUUCAGUUUUUCCCUGCUCACCAAAAGAAGCAGCUACUUAUUUUGUCAACUCAGCUGGAAACACAUGUUAAAUGUGACAUCAGGGAGAGUGAAAAAUGCCUUUACCGCAGUAAGGUGAAGGAUCUAGUGGCGAGGAUCUACACCAAGUGGCAGAUGCUCCUUCAGAGGACAAGGCCUCUCGAUGAUAAACUGUAUGAUUAUUGGCAGCCUGUGGAUACUUUGGGGACCACCCAAGAGGAAGAGGAGGAUGAAGAUGACCCUCCAGAAAAGGGGACUGUAGUGGAAGAAGAGGAGGAGGAUGAGGUGGAGGAGGAAGCAGAACAGGAAGAAACCACUGUAACUGAAGAGAAUGAAGCUGUUAUGGUUGCUGAUGAGGAAAAAGAAGAUGCCAGGGUGGAACCAGAAGAAGACAUGAAGCUUGAUGAGACAAAAGACACAAAAGUUGCUGAGGCAGAAGAAGACAUGAACCUUGAUGAGAAGCUUGGAGAAAUGGAGGAAGGUGAUAUCCCAAAUGACACAAGCAAAACAGAAGAGGGAAAAGAACCAGUGCCCGGUGAUUUAAGAGAGGCUCCUGAUAUGGAGCCUCAAGUGCUCAAGGAGUCUGAGGCAAUGGAUGUGCAAAUGGAUGCCCAUAACAUGGAGCGUGUUGAUGAGGAUACGGAGACUGAAGCAAGAGAAGCAUCUUACCUGGCACCAACAGCUGAUUUAGUCUAAGAGACAUUAUUUGUUUUCAGGGCUUUAGUAGCCACUGCCUUAUUGUUAUGCUAUUUGCACUAUUUACGAUACUUCCUCUUUCCCUUACGCCAAGGUUUCACACUUCUUAGUGAAUAUUAAGGCAAAGUGUAUAUUUACCUCAGUUGAGGAGGUUGUGUUUUUGUUGCUUGCUCUGUCUUUUGGCAGAUUUAGGCACAAAGUAUCUGGCUAAUAAAAGUUGGUAGAAACGUGGAGCAUGGGCAAAUAAAUUUCAUACUGUACUUCACUGGUUUGUUAAGAGUUUGCUGCAUGUGUGCAUAUUGUUAAGAUUUCCAACUGGAAAAAAUUUUAUGAAACAAUAUUUUUGUAGAUGUUGCCAAA